AUGGCACAAAUGGAUAUGAAUGAAGGUUCUAGAGAAAUGACAUGGCAGUUGUCUCCUCCCAUGUGCAGAUUGUACUAUUCUAGGAUAAACAAAGGGAAUAUACCUAACUCUUUGGACUAUGAAUUGACAAGAAUUCGCUUAGACAAUGUUAAUAGACGCAGAUGGAAAAUUCUUGUAGCAACUCGUAAUGAACAUGUUUGUAAUUUAAUGGAUUGUCAAAAGAAAAUUCAUCUGGGGCUCUUGUCCGAAGAUGAAUCUUGGACUUUAUUCCAAAAACUUGCAAGAAUUGAUGAUGAAUUCUGUGAGCUAUUAGAUGAAGAUUAUCAUAUCCCAAUAGAAGAUUUAAUGAGGUAUGCAAUUGGACUACGUCUAGGAAGAACAUACUCGUUACAAUCAACAAGGAACUUGGUCCAAGCACACAUAAACAAACUUUUGGAUUCUUGUUUGCUGAUGCAUGGUUGCGUGAAGAUGCAUGACAUGGUUCGUGACAUAGCCUUAUGGAUAUCAAGAAGAUCAGAUAAUCACAAAAUUCUGGUAAGCAUUGACAAACUCGAGGAUGCUAGUUUAAGAGAUUGUUUUGCAGCAUCCUCAUGGUGGUAUAACAAAAAUCCAAUUUUUCGUCAAUGGCAUUCCCCAAGCCUUAAAAUUCUAUUGCUAAAUAUAAAUGAGAGUAGAUCAUGGAAUUCCCUGGAUAUAUCUCAUUUAACAUUUGAAGGAAUAGAAGAGCUCAAGGUUUUUUCAGUGACCAUUGAUUACUAUACUUCCCAAAUAAUACCAUUAUUAUUGCCACCAUCAACCCACUUGUUAACAAAUGUUCGAACUCUGCGCUUGAAUGGAUUCAAGUUUGGUGACAUUUCUUUCAUAACAAGCUUAACAAGACUUGAGGUUCUUGACUUGCGACGUUCUCACUUCAAUGAAUUUCCUAACAAAAUAGGAGAACUCAAAAGGCUGAAGCUAAUAGAUUUAUCACUCUGUCAUAUUUUCCAAAAAACCUAUAAUGGAGCAAUUGGAAAAUGUUUACAACUUGAAGAGUUGUACACUUCGACAAGCUACCCAAAAGCAUACUUUCAUGAGAUCACUGUGGACAUUGUUACUCUUCCAAAGUUGCAGAGGUUUGUACUAAAUCAUCCAAUCACACCAGAAGGGAAAAAAGUUAUUCAGGUAGAAGAUUUUAAUAUCUCCAAGUUGAAGGCAUUCAAAAAGAAUAUUAUGCAAAUAGCUGAAACAAUUUCUUUUAUAAGCCUCAAUGGAGGAUGUAAGAAUAUCAUCCCAGAUAUGGUUGGAGUUGUGGGAGGCAUGAAUGGUUUGACUUCCCUCCAUCUUGCAAGUUGCCAAAAGAUAGAAUGCAUCUUCGAUGCAACCUAUGAUUUCAACGAAGAUAAUUUGAUUUGCAACUUGGUCAAGUUACGCCUUCAGCGUAUGGAAAACUUGACACAAUUAUGUCGAGAUCCGCCCAUGCAAGUUCUACGCUACCUUGAGAAACUAGAGGAACUUGAAAUACAACAUUGCAUAUGGUUAUGUAACAUAUUUCCAUCGGAAUGUACGUUAAGAAAUCUUAAGAUCCUCAACUUAUCAGAUUGCGGGUCUGGUGAAGUGCUCUUCUCAGCAUCUCUUGCUCAAAGUAUGCAACAACUAGAACAACUAAAAAUAAGUGGCUGCAAUGAAUUGAAACAUAUAAUUGGUGCAAGUGGAAACGAACAUAGUGGUUGUAAUACAAAUGAGGAAAUAAUUCCAACUCAAAUGAACUCUCAUUUUUUGAUGACCAAACUAAGGGAUGUUGACAUUUUUAAUUGUAAAAGUUUAGAGUCGAUAUUCCCAAUUUGUUAUGUCGAAGGACUUGCACAAUUGCAAAAAAUGUGUAUAUCACGUGCUCCUAAGCUGGAAUAUGUUUUGGUGAAAGUUAUCAGGAACACCUUUCAUCACACCAAUACCAAAACCAUGUCUUGCUUCCUCAUUUGGAAGCUCUCAAACCGCUUUAUCUUGACAAUCUCGUUGGCAUUGUGUCCAGAGAAUUGUCAAGCAAAGUGGCCAUCUCAAUCUAUGAAGAUGCUAGUCAUACUGGGAUGUCCAAAAUUGGCUAUACCAUGGUUCAAUUUGAAGGAUGAUCAGAGACAACAUCAUCUGAAAGAAAUUUGGAGUUUCCAAUGCCUUCAGCGUUUAACAGUAGGUGAUUGUGAUGAAUUGAAAUUUUUGCUCUCCAUGGAAACACAUGGAAGCCUACAAGAGUUGAUGUACCUUCGCGUUUACGAUUGUCAAGAAUUGAAACAAAUUGUUGCAGAAAAUGAAGAACUUGUGCAGCUUCCUAUUGCAGAAUUGUAUUUUUCAAAGCUAAAAGAAAUAGAAGUCUAUAACUGCAACAAGUUGAAAAGCCUUUUUCCUCUUUCAAUGGUUACAAUGCUUCCACAGUUAAGAACUCUUUACUUAUCAAGAAGUUGCUGCUAA